CUACACAAAGUACUAUGUUGUUGGCAUUUCACCGCUUGAGGCUCUCUUUCUAGUUUCUAGGGUUUGUUGGGUCUCAAAAUCGAAGCGAUUUCGAUGGCGGAAGAGCGAUUCACGGGCGUGGUGCAGUGGUUUAACAAUGGCAAGGGCUUCGGCUUCAUCAAGCCCGACGACGGCGGCGAGGAUCUCUUCGUCCACCAGUCCUCCAUCAGAUCCGACGGCUACCGCACCCUCCUCGAGGGCGACCGCGUUGAGUUCGCCAUCGCCACCGGAGACAACGACAAGACCAAGGCCGUCGACGUCACUGGCGUCGACGGCGCCCCUCUCCAGCCCCGCGCCUCUGCCGCCAACAACCGCGCCGGAGGAUCCGGCUUCGGCGCCAGGCGCAAUGGUGGCAGCGGCGCCGCGUGCUACCAGUGUGGUGAUUUCGGCCACCUCGCAAGGGAUUGCAACAGGAGCAGCAAUACCGGCGGCGGUGGAGGCGGCAGUGGCGGUGGUUGUUUCAAUUGCGGCGGGUUCGGCCACCUCGCGAGGGAUUGCGUGCGCGGCGGAGGCGGCAAUGUGGGUGUAGGCGGCGGUGGCGGGAGCGGAUCUUGCUUUAGGUGUGGCGGAUUUGGACACAUGGCGAGGGAUUGUGCCACCGGGAAGGGUAACAUUGGCGGUGGGAGCAGCGGUGGCGGUUGUUUUCGGUGUGGGGAGGUUGGUCAUUUGGCUAGGGAUUGCGGCAUGGAAGGAGGGAGAUAUGGCGAUGGUGGUAACAGUGGUGGCGGCGGCGGUGGAAAAAGCACGUGCUUUAACUGUGGGAAGCCAGGGCAUUUUGCAAGGGAAUGUGUUGAAGCUUCAGGGUGAGGUGAAGAAGGGUUUAUGACGUUUUGCGAAGGGAGAAAAAAGGUGGAAUAGUACAUAUUCUCUUUUUUUGCACCUUUUAACAGUUAUUAACUUAUUAUUAUUAUUAUUUCGGGGAAGUUUAUACAUAUGGCAAAAAAAAGAAGAUUGUCUGGUUUUGGGUUUUUUGACUAUGGUACUGCUUCAGCAGGCGAUUUUGCCUUCUCUUGUCUUUCUUGUUACAGAACUGUUGAGAUUUAUAUCUUAAUUUAUUUGUCUGAAAGGUUUAUUAUCAAUAUGAUCAUAAAUUUAGACUAGU